AGAAAUCGCGUAUUCUUGGGAAAGGAAAGAAAGCCGACAAAGGCUGGCGGUGGUGCUUUGGGGAGAUACUUGUGCGGUGGUUCGCGGGCUCUCGCUUGCCCAGUUCCCUCUCCUUCUGGUAGAUGAAUAACGGCGGGAGGAACUCUUUGCGCGCUCGGGGAGCAGCUAGUUCGACCUAGCACGCUGCAGCGGCAUCAGUUCACUGAAUCCUGAAGGAAAUGGCGGACGGCGGGAGGAGGGGUCAAGAGGAGCAGGCGGAGGAUGACGCUGGUGUCCGCCGGAAAAGGAGAUUUCCUCUUGCAGCGCAGCCGGAGAUCAUGAGGGCCGCGGAAAAGGACGACCACUACGCUUCUUACGUCCACGAUGCCUGCCGCGAUGCCAUCCGUCAUCUAUUCGGUACCAGAACUGCCGUGGCUUUCCAGAAUGAGACUAAACUCAUGGGUCAGUUGCUUUAUUAUUUGUUGACAACAUGCUCUGGACAGCAGACACUUGGAGAAGAAUACUGUGACCUAGCUCAGGUUACAAGCUCUUCUGAGCUCCCUGCAACACCUGCAAGACGAUUUCUGUUUCUGGUCUAUCAAACAAUAGUUCCUUAUCUAGCAGAGCGGAUCAGCUCUAGAGUAGCUGCUCGGGGAAUUUUUUUAGCUGAUUCAAACUCUGAGGGCUUUAAUGAUGGCAAUGAUGAAGUUCCAACCCAUGGAACAUCUCUGCUUUCUUCAGAAGAGGUGUCUAUGUCAAGUUUGUCACGUCUUAGAGUGCGAAUACGUAGAUUACGGCAUAGUGCAAUCCAAAGAUGGCCUUCGAUGCUUCCAUUUGUCCAUGGGAUCUUGCAACUGGUGCUCCGUGCAAACCUCAUGCUCUUUUACUUUGAAGGUUUGUACUACCACAUAUCAAAAAGAGCUGCAGGCAUUCGUUAUGUAUUUCUUGGAAAGCCACUCAAUCAAAGGCCAAGGUAUCAGAUUCUUGGGGUUUUCCUUUUAAUCCAGCUGUGUAUCAUUGGAGUAGAAGGACUCCACAGGACCAACUUAUCUUCUAUUGCAAAUUCAGUUCAACGUACUGCAUUGGGAUCUUACCACACAACACCAGGAUUGGGUGUAGCAGUACUGAAUGAAGAUGGCGAUCUUAUUGCAGAGUCAACUACUGCGAAAGACAAAUGGAGCUCACACUCUUUAUCUUCCUCGGAGUCCCAAGCAGGAAGCGGUGCUGGAAAAUGCACACUAUGUCUCAGUACUAGGCAGCAUCCGACAGCUACUCCCUGUGGCCAUGUCUUCUGCUGGAACUGUGUUAUGGAAUGGUGCAACGAGAAACCUGAGUGUCCUCUUUGUCGCACUCCUGUGAAUCACUCUGAUCUUGUAUGCCUAUAUCAUUCGGAUUUCUGAAUGGUUUGUCCUGUGCAGUUUUUUUGUCGCAAAAGUUCGUUUGUAGAUAAGCUAAAUCCAGUUGUAUCUCAUCUUGAGCUGAAAAUGCAUCAGGUUGGUCAUCUGUAAAUGGAUUCUUUAGAAUUAUUCAAUUUCUGGCUCUAAUGUCAAGCCUUAUGUAACCACUGACUAAUUAAAUUAAAUAACCUACCAUAUUAAGUUUCCAAAA